AUGGCGGCUCGGCCGUCGCCGCCGCCGCCCACGCGCGCCUCCUGCGGCUCCUUUCUCCAGGAACUGCAGGAACUAUGGGGAGAGAUAGGCCCGGAUGAACUGGAAAGAGAUAGGAUGAUCUUGCAGUUGGAGGAGGAUUGCCUCAAUGUUUACAGGAAGAAAGUGGAACAAACUAGAAAGCAAAAGGCAGACCUGCUUCAAGUGAUGUCCUUGGGUGAAGCUGAGAUAGAAAAGAUACUUUCUGCUCUGCGAGAGCGUGAAUCCUUUUCUAGGGUAGAGAAGCUUGGGGGUACAUUAAUCGAACAACUUGCAAAACUAGAGCCAGUUCUGGACGAUCUGAGACGCCGGAGAGAUGAGCGCAUAAAUGAAUUUUUGGCUGUUCAGCUGCAUAUAGUUCGUCUACAAGCCGAGAUUUCAGCAACUAUAAAUCAUGGGGAUCCUGCAGCUCCUUUAGUGGAUGAGACUGACCUAUCUACAGGAAGACUAGCUGAACUGAAAACCCAGCUUAAUGAGCUCCAGACCGAAAAGAAUCUCAGACUGCAAAAGAUUGAUAGUCAGAUCAAGUGUAUUAAUGAAAUGUGCAACAUGAUGUCUCUUGAUCUUAAGAAGACAUUAUAUGAAGUUCAUCCCAGCUUUGUCGAAUUGGAAAGAAUCAAAUCCAUGAGUAUAAGUGAUAGCACACUUGAUAGGCUUGCAGGAAAACUUCAUGCACUAAAUCAAGAAAAGAAACAGAGGCUCCGGAAGCUACAAGAUCUUGGAAGCACACUCAUUGAGUUAUGGAGUCUAAUGGACACACCAUUAGAUGAACAGAAAUGCUUUGAUCAUGUUACCUCUUUGAUUUCAGUCUCACCCAAUACAGUGAUGCCCCAAGGAUGCCUUGCACAUGACCUUAUUGAGAAGGUAGAGGUUGAGGUCAAGAGACUGAAGCAUUUGAAAGCUAGCAAAAUGAAAGAGCUUGUCUUAAAGAAAAUGACUCAGCUUGAAGAAAUCUACAGAAGUGUUCACAUGCAUAUUGACAGCGAUCAUGAGUGGCAGAUUCUCACUGAACUUAUUGAUUCUGGUAGAGCAGAUCUCUCAGAGCUGCUUACAGAUAUGGAUGACCGAAUUGCAGAAGCAAGAGAUCUUGCUCUAAGCAGAAAGGACAUUCUAGAAAAGGUGGAAAAAUGGACAUCAGCAACUGAAGAGGAGGGUUGGCUCGGUGAAUAUGAGGGGGAUCAAAAUCGCUAUAAUGCUGGUCGAGGAGCUCACAUAAAUCUCAAGCGCGCGGAGAAGGCAAGGGUAUUGGUCAGCAAAAUUCCAUCCCUGCUGGAAAAUUUGACUACUAAAGUUAAAGCUUGGGAAAAGGAGAAGGGCAUGUCAUUUAUGUAUGAUAAGAAGAGGCUUUUGGAUAGCUUAGAAAAAUACACCUCUGAAAGGCAACAAAAGGAAGAGGAAAAACGUCGAUCACGGGAACUUAAGAAACUACAAGAACAGUUUGCAGCAGAACAAGGUGCAUCAUAUGGAGCAAAGCCUAGUCCUAUGCGCCCGCUUUCGGCAAGGAAACCUCUUGGGCAGAGUACUAAUGUCAACAUUGUUGGUGGAACUCCUAACAGCCGUCGUGUGUCUACCCCAGUUUCACGCAAGGGAGGCUCGUCUUGUGGAAAAAUGAAGGAUACUGGCAAGACAGCUGCUUCUAUACCGGCAAAUUAUGUUUCUCUUCCCAAGGAUUGCUCAGACAAUUCUUACAUGUGA